AUGACCAUACGGGUGGCACGACUCCUUCCACGCUAUCAUGUUGGGAUAAAAACCCACAUCCUCGUUCCGCUACCGCACUUGUGGCGUCUUUUCUCCUCGCAGUCAACGAAGAAACCGCAUAACCUGUUCGAAAUCGACCUGAAUCCACUGAAGGCGUCGAUAGCGUCCGCCGAAAAGCCUACUUUGGAUUACGCUAAACGUGCAUUGGAAUUGCAACCGACACAAGUACAGCGCAAUCUUGAUCUUUUGCAUAACGAAAUGUCGGAGCUCUUCGGAGAAGAGGUAGCUGAAUCUAAUGAAGAAUGGUCGUCGCCACGUAUGGACUCGACACCCUUACAGAAUGGAAAGGAGAUGUAUGGACGCAUGGUAGAUCCCAUGAGCGGAGAUUUUGCUGGAGCUAAAUCUGCUCCUGAUAUUUCGCGGAGAGAGCGGCCACCGAUGAUGGCUACAAGCUCUGUUCAGGAUGCUUUCACUUCCACAAAAGCAGAUUUCUACAGCAGGCCGGAAAGACGUCUACGUGACGGUUGCAUCGAAAAUGAAAAGGUAGAUCUGCUAUUGCUGCACGGUCCGUGCAGCUUCGUUCGGGAUGUUUGGACUGGAGGUGACGUACCGAAGAAGGAACUGAAGCGCCAUGUUCAAAAACUUGCUGACGAUUUAAAAAUUGUGGUAAAGAUUCGUCACUAUGAUUCUGAAAAGGGAAUUUUGAAAAAAUUACUCGGAGCACAUGAGGACCAAGUGAUCGUGCUGUGCUGGAAUAUUAGCUUGAGCAAGUCACCAUUUAUUGUUCGCGCACUCGAACUCAUUCAGUCCAACACCAUCAUCUUGAGCCCAGGAAACGUAGAGCAUGGACCAUUACCGGCAACUGUCGUUGGUGUGUUAUCUGGCUUUCGAAAUCAGUGCUUGUCGCUGGCGCUAAAUGCUGCCGCGGACCUGUUGAAGUUGAAUGCCGGAAAGGGACGAAAAGCUUGUUAA